CAUGACGAUGCCACAGUUAGAUUCGACUUGGUUGAGUAGUUACCUUCAAGAAGAAACAUGUACAAGAUACUCGUUUGUGCGGUGCUGGUUUUGCCAUACGUGCAUUCUCUUCCGGUUGAGCAAGAGAACAGCACUUCCUAUUUUGCGCACCCAAUGGACGUACAUUUUACCGGCGGUUCCACCAGGAUAAUAGGGGGUGAGGAAGUCGAAGCUCACGCUUAUCCCUUCCAGGCAGUCCUCUUGAUCUACAAAGGAGAGGCGGAGUAUUUUUGCGGGGGUACGUUGAUAUCAAACCGGCUGGUACUCACCGCGGCCCACUGUGUUAUAAUGAAACCAGACUACAUUGUAGUGGGCCUUGGAGUGCACAGCUUGAAAGAAGUAGGGACGGGAGUUUUGACAUUGCAAACCAGCGACUAUGUCGCUCACAGUGGCUAUAAUGGAGAUACGUUCCAGAACGACAUAGCCCUGAUACGACUACCGCAAAACGUUACGUUCACCGAGUAUAUACAACCAGUGCAACUGGCCAACGGCAUCAACAAAUACGAGGGCGACAAAGCUACUUUGAUAGGCUGGGGGCAAACGGAGAGCGUUAGCCUCUCACUGGUCCUGCGAGGAGUCAACGCGACCAUCAUGACGAAUGAUGCCUGCGGCAAUGUAAACCCCACUUAUAAAGAGGUAAUCAGACCCAUGCAUAUCUGCACGUACGGCACUGGGACCGUCGGAGUAUGCAGCGGCGAUUCCGGCGGACCUCUCUUAGUGGACGGGGUACAAGUGGGCAUCACUUCUUUCGGAACAGAAAUCUGUACCCUCGGGAUGCCUUCCGUGUUCACCAGGAUCACAGAAUUUCAAGACUGGAUCGCAAGAGGCGCAGCAACCACCCACGACGCCCUGCACUUUACGGCAGUCGUUCUGCUCGCGUUGUGCUUCUCGUAUCUUUUCAACUAAUAAGACUGACGGGUUCACGUAAUAAUUUUAUGCGCUGCGAUGGAGCUCCAACCGUCACAGACGACUUUUAAGAGAGAAUAUUGU